GGCCUCAUCUCGUGACGUGACCGAACUACGGCAUUCCUGCUUCGACUACCAGCAAGGGAGGACGUAUUUGUACCUUAGCUUGAAGCUUUUCCGAAAAUGUCGGACUAACACAGGUACUUAAGAAGUUAAACACCAAGAUAUCACUGAUGAGUCGACCAACUUUUGCUAAAACAUAUGGAUUUCAAUCCUUUGACUAUCCUAGCUGCUGCUGCACUUGGAGAAAAGGAUGCUCCGUCUGAUCUAAAAGGUAGUGAAUCAGGAACUAAGGACACUUGUGAAGCACCUGAUAGUAAAGAUGCUGAAGAAGAGUCAAAUGAAGAAAUGGGAAAAGCAUCACAUAUUAAUUUAAAGAACUCUCCAGGAGAAAAGGACAAUGAUGAAAUGGCUCCACAUAAAAUUCCUUGGAGCCCACUCAUCCCAUCUCAUUUAGAGAGUGAGACAGACAAAAAUGUAUUUUCUUUAGAUGAUUUGGUACAGGAUAUUAAGAAGAAAAGUAAUGACCGAGUAAUGCACUCUAGUCAGCAAGAUUCAGAAAAUAAAACAAAAGUGGAUUCUAGACAAGAGUUGGCUGAUGAAUUUGUUUCCAUACAAAAUGCUAUAAAUAAGGAGACGAAACUGAAUUCUCCAAUCGGACAUCACUGUCAAAAUAUCAGUGUUCUUAAAGAGUGCACAGAAUUAGACAAUAGUAAAAAAGAGUUUGAGCAAGAUGAUUCAAAUAGUCGAAGUGAUAUAGACACUAUGGAUUCUGUUGACAGCAAAUCUCCUGAGCAGACAGAUUCUGCAUCAGAAAUGUCUUGCUCAGAGUGGAUUUACCUUGAUCAUACAUAUGCUCUUGCACCCGGUCAAACACAUCCUCCACUGUUGGCUGAGGAAGAUGAUGUGGAUGUGUGUUCAGAUCAUAGUCCUUUAACUGAAGAAACUGAGCAGCGAUCCCGUAAUUUGUCUUUAGAUUUCAAUUAUUUAAAAUCUGGCAUCUUGGAAGCAGUUUCUGCGAGCACUUUAGAUCUGUAUAAAAUGUCUACCUCUGGUCUUGGUAGAAGCAAACUACCAUCUUCAUCUUCUUCUACAUCAUCACCCACUUCAGACUUAUCUAAGGCAUCAAACUGUGUUUCUGGUACAGAAAAUGGUGAGCUGUUCUCUACUAAUCAACCUGGUGUAUCCAGUACCCCUGUAAGAUGUACACCAAAGUAUGGGAAGUACAAAAUAGGAACCUUUGCAUCAUUUAGUUCUAGCAACUUAGAACUUGAAAAAUAUUUGAGGAACAAGGAUCUUUUAAACAAGAGAAAAUUGAGGAUUGGUAUACCAGCAGAAGGUAGUUCACCAUCUGCUUCCCCUGUUUCACUUGCACUUGUUCAGUCUCCAAGUUUAGACUGGGACAGAUCAGAAGCCAGUUCUGAAACACAGGAUGACAGCUCUGAUGCAAGAACCCCUCACAGAAUGUCACCAGACAUGACAACAGAGAAAGUAACUGAAUGGUCUCAUCCAAUGUAUCAUGACCAUGAUUACUGUGUAAAAAUAUCAGAGUUCAGUAACCAAAGUGAUUUAGGGAAGCAAACUGUUAAAAGGAAGUAUACAAAAAGAAAAAACAAAACUGAAUGUUUGAAUCAUGAAAAGAUCAUGAAAGCAAAAUACUUAAAGAAAGAACUUCUAAAACAGGAUACUUUUAUUAAAGCAUGUGUUCAGCCUGAGCCUCUUCCUGCUGAUUCUUCUGUGAUAAAAACAAACCCUGUUGGUCGACCAAGAAAAAGACCAAUAGAGAAAAUUAUUGAAGAAGAAAUUGAUCCAGAAACUGGAACUAAGUUAAAAAUUACUGGCAGAUUCCAAGAUCAAUAUGUCUAUUAUUUAUCCAAGUCUUCCAGAAGCACUACAAGAAGAAGGCAAACUCCACUAUUUCCCUCUUUAUCUGACAAAAUCAUUGUACCUGCACCUAAACCUGGGGAUAUUGUAGUGCCCCAUCUUACUGAUGCAGAUAUAGAGACUAUUAGACUCCAAGGGCGUGGAGCUCUUAAUCUUCCUGAAAGACCACAGAUGAACAUAUCUCAUGUUACAUCUGCCAUUUCUACAAUUCCUUCAAGCAGCCAUUCACAUGAAUCAUUUUCAGAUGUGGAUAGCCACAUAGUAAGCACUAUACUGAGCAUGGAAAGUGACAAUUUGUCUUCACCAACUACUUCUCACGCUCCAGAUAUCAGUUCAUCAGGACUAAACCCCAAUCAGCAAACAUUAACAGAAAGUUUAAGAUUAAUGAGUGGAGAUUCAAACAUAACUUCUGAGCAUGUUCUCAAUUAUCUACUCAGUGUUGUUAAGGACGAUGGCUUACUUGGCUCAGGAUCAGGGUUUGACAGCAGCAGCUCAGCAUUAUUUCCAUCCAUCCCCACUGAUGCAGUUUACUCCAAGUCUGAUCAUGGUGUAUCUCAUCAUGACCUCAGCCAGUCAGACAGCUGUAUAACUAGUUCAAACAUGAGCCAUGAAUUACUGGAAAUGGGGAAAGAUUUACACAACACGUUCAGCAAUAGUCAGAUACUCAGGGAUCAUUCUCAUGACAGUCUAGUCCACACUGGCAUGGAUAAAGACCAUAUGGAUGAAAGUGGUUUGCCUGAUGAUCUUUCAUCUUUCAUGUCCAACUCUCAGGAAACUUCAUCAUCCAGCACAACACAUGAUGGAGAUUCACAUAGCUCACUCAAAAGUAUGUUUGGGUCAGACCUUAGUUCUCUAGGAACUCCCCAGCUGUCAUCUUCUGUUUCUCGACUUACUUCCAUAGAAAAGACUUUGGAUUAUUUGGUUGGAACAAGAGAUGAUGAAAUGAAAUUGCACUGUCCUGACCUGAAUCAGAAAUUGGACCAAGGUUGUGAACUUCCACUCCCCUCCCUCUCUGUCUCCUCUGAUGACACUCCUUGGAUUGUCACUGUAACACUUUAUUUUAAUGAUGUUCCUGCCAUUAUGAUCAAUAACCAGCCAUACAUAAGACUGGUUGAUAUUCACAAGCAGAUACUUCCUGCUAAAGACACUGGGAUUUUAAAGAAAAGGUGUCAGUUGUUGAAGAUUCCAGUUUUGAAUUGUACAGAAAUGCAACGUUAUUUUCUUGUGCAAUAUGGACGUGCAUAUAAUUCAAAAAGUACUUUGGUAAUUUCUAAAGAACAAGCAAAUAAUCUAGUAACCUACUAUGCUACACCACAGCCACGCGUGGGAAAGACAGAGGAAUCGCACCCUAGGAGAGCUAGCAGUGGUGGCUCAGAGAGUGGUCCUAGGUCACCUGCCAGUACCACUUCUACUAAAAAUUUAAGAAAGCGUGGACCAAACAAAAUUAAAAAAGCUAGUGUGUCUAGUUGUGUUGAAGUCUCUGGUGAAACAACUACACAAAGUUCAGCAACUGAGGACUUGCAUGCCAAUCAGAACAAGAGGACAAGACACAAAAAAGUUAAUUAUCGUGAGAUGUUGAAAGGAGAAGAAAGAGAAAAGUCAGUAGCUGCCGCUAUUCUUGAAACAAUUGAAGCUGUGGCUAAAUCUGGCCCGGAUUAUGUGACAGAAGGAAGAAGAAACAAAUUAUCUUCCUUAAAAUCAGCUAAAGGUCACUCCAACUGUGAUAAAAAAAAGAAAAAGUUAGUACCACAUAAAAUUAAGAAAAGAGAUUUGGAUUCUAAAAUAAAUAAAGACAAAUAUAGAAAUGGUUUUCGGAAAAUGAAAUUAGCUACUAGUAAUAAAAAAAGUGAAAAGCAUGAAAUUGAAGAAACAUCAGACAUUGAUUCUGAUGAUGAACUGAGUGCUACACAGAGUAAAAAAUUCAAACCAUUGAAACUUAAAGUGAAUAGUUUGUUGAAUUUUGCUGGUCAGCGUAAAGGAUCAUCCCCCGCUAAAAAAGGUCUGUUUUCUCGCAGUAAUUCUUGCACAUCUCCUACUGGCGAGAGAUCUGUCAGAGUUUUGGCGGUGGCCCACCAAGCUGCUGUGUCAGGGGGCAAUGAUGCCGAGUCUCAUCUCCCCUCCCAGCCAGCAGACAUACAUUUGGACCUGUUCACUCAGUCCAACUCUGCCUGUGUGCGCUGCCAAACUUGCAGUCAGUUCCUUUCUGUGCCACAUUUUAUGCGCCACCACCAUGUGCCAAUGGAUAGUGAAUGGCUUGCCACAGAAGCUGCACACAGAAUUCUGGUUCCUCGAAAUAAAGAAAACAUUUCAGAGAGUGAAAAGAUACUAUGGGAAGAAUUUCAUCGUCUACAAGAAGCUAUAGGUGGCUUUGGAGAAGCUGAUGAUGAAACUGAUACAGAUGAUUGUGACUAUGAUGAGGAUGAGGGAGAUGAUGCGAGUUCACUGGAGCUCUCUGGUGCUUCAUCUUGCCUACUGAGCAGGAGUAAUGAGGAGGAUGUGCUGGCUGCUGGCACCCCACCAGUCUGUCAGGCCACCUCAUCCAAACUGACUCAGGGAUUAGACACACUAGCUCACGGCCAAGGAACUCAAGAAAUUACUUCACAUUUAAGGACAAGUUCUCGUAAAAGAAAGUCAAAACAAUUGUUUUCUAUUGAAAAUUAUUACACUCAAAAUAGAACAAAGUCAAAUGAUGAUGAACCAGCAGAUGUUGGAAGUGCAUCAACAUGAUCAGGUUGGCAGGCCAUGAGCUGAGUCAGCCCGGGACCAUUGCAUUACUAAAAUAACUUGUACAUGUAUGGGUUGUGUUUUUGGAAUUAAACCUUGUGGGUUCUUGUUCUUAUUUGUAAAUAGUUCAGAAAAAAGUUGUAUACAUUUAAUGUACAUUUUCUGUUUUAUCAUGUCUUUUAGUACACUUGGUUAUUGAUGGCUUUGUUGUUUAUUGGUACCGACCUACAAUGAUAUAUUUUUAUACUACUAGAAAAUUAUCCACUAGCGUAUAUUUAGGCAUGUUCCUAUGAUUUCAAAGAUUGAGCACUUAUAUAAGACACACCCUCAGACUUUUUGCUCUGGUUCAGUGAAUAAAAACAUUAACUUUUUUGUUUCUAGCAGAAUAGGAAGUGUAUUAACAAUGAAUGAACUAAUGUGGAUAAUGGACUGAGAUUUUUACUCUUUGUAUAUUUGUAUGUAAAUAAAAUGUCAAUGGACUGAAUUUAACAUUGAAUAGGACUAGAGAGACAGCUUUUGAGAUAUAUCUUUUUUUUUAUAUUAUCUGUGAUAUUGGUAUUUUGUUUUUGCCAUGAAUUUUUAAAAAAGAAAAUGUCCAUCUUGGGGAAGAUGGGGGAAAACAGUAUGUAUGCUGUAUGUUGUACUAAAUUUGCAACUGCUUGACGUAAACAAAUACUGGAAGUGUUAGUUCAUGUUGGUGGUUGCUGCUUCAUUGUAUAGCAUAUUGUAGGUGUCAAGUAUCAGAAUAAAUUUGAGCAGAGAAAUU